AUGUCAGGAAGGGCAUCCGAUUGUAAAAACCUUGCUACAAAAUUUCCCUAUGGUUACAACAAAGCAUGGGCGGGGUACAGCCCAAAGUACCCCGUGGGCCUCCUCAUCCGCCUACGACAAAGAAGGAUGGGAAACCUGGUGAUUCAUGAAAAUAAAACUUAUGACGGCCAUAAACGACCUGAUAAAAAGUGGAGAAACCAGUUUACGGGUGAUCGAGUUAGGGUCGUGACAUGGAAUGUUGGGAGUAUGACGGGAAGAGCGGGAGAAGUCGUCGAUGUAUUGCACAGAAGACAUAUAGAUGUGUGCUGCAUACAGGAGACUAGAUGGAAAGGAAAUGGGACCAGAAUGAUUAACAAGACUAGCGAAAAGUAUAAAUUCUUUUGGCAAGGAGGUAAUGAUGGUAAGGCUGGAGUUGGGGUAUUGGUUGCGGAGAAAUUGGUAGACAAAGUAGUCGAAGUGAGAAGGCUAGACAACCAGAUAAUGGUUAUUAAGAUGAUUUUUGAUUGGAAGAAGAGAAAGAUAUAUUUUGGGACAGUCUAUUGGGGGGUGACAUCGAGACUGGCAAAUGAAGAGGGGAUUAUCCUGGCUGGUGAUCUGAAUGGACAUGUGGGAGUGAGUAGUGAGGGUUAUGAAGGAGUACAUGGAGGGUUCAGUUACGGCAUGAGAAAUUUGGAAGGAGAGAGGAUUUUAGAAUUUAGUGAUGCGAUGGAUAUGAUUGUCUGUAAUACAAUGUUUAAGAAAGAAUCAGAGAAGCUGGUGACUUAUAAGUCGGGUAGUACCAAAAGUGCUGUGGAUUACUUGUUAUUAAGGAGAUGUGAUCGAUGUAUACUAAAAAAUGUGAAAGUGAUACCGGGAGAGGAAUGUAUAAAUCAGCAUCGACUAGUUGUAGGAGAUCUCACUCUUAAAGGUGCCAGGGUCACUAAAAGAAAGUUUGUCCCAAGGCUGAAGGUUUAA